AACUAGACGUAAAACAAUAUCGUCAGAAAAAAAUGCUUUACGAGACAUUCAUUUGGUUUGUUAUCAUAAUUAAAGUGGUUUUAUCAAUUGAAGAUCCUAUUGUAGAGCUUCCCAAUGGAAAAAUAUUAGGACGCCUAGCAACAACCUAUACCAAUACACCCUUUUACCUUUUCCAGAAAAUACCGUAUGCAACUCCACCAGUUGGUGCUCUUCGAUUUAAGGCACCUCAACCCGCUCAAACUUGGGAUGGUGUCCUUAACACAACAUAUUUAGAUGUUAGUUGUUAUCAACAACAAGGUGAUUUAUCGUCGGAUUCUGAGGAUUGUCUUUUCGUCAAUGUCUAUACACCAACGCUACCUACAAAUAAUGAAAAUGCUUCCCUUCCUGUCAUGCUCUUUAUCCAUGGUGGUGCAUUCAUUGUUGGUUGGAGCUUGCACUACCCACCGGAUCUUUUUAUAGACAACGAAGUCAUUUUGGUUACUAUUAAUUACAGGCUAGGAGUUUUUGGAUUCUUGUCAACAGAAGAUGAUGUAAUACCUGGAAAUAAUGGACUCAAAGAUCAACGCUUAGCUAUACAGUGGACUCAUGACAAUAUCCAUUUGUUCGGUGGUGAUCCAGAAAGAAUAACUAUUUUUGGUGAAAGUGCAGGUUCAGCGUCUGUAGCAUAUCAGCUACUGAAUCAGAAUUCAGAAGGACUGUUCAGAGCAGCAAUUUUGGAAAGCGGGUCCUUUCUGUGUCCUUGGACCUAUCAAAGAAACGCUAGAAGAAUUGCCUUCGAAACAGCUGGAGUCCUAAAUUCAACUUUUUGUACCAGCGAUGAUUCCAGUGCAUUGUUAGAAUUUUUACAAGGAGUCAGUGCAGAUGAUCUAGAUGCAGCUGGACAACAGUAUAUGGAAAGUGUAAGUACUCCAUGGGACUACGAUGUUUCUCAAGGGAUUGUCUACGCACCUGUAAUUGAGGUGAAAAAUCCAGACGCUUUUAUCACCAAGAAAAUGUACGGGCUACUGCAAGCAGGAAAUAUCUUAAAAGUACCUGUUAUAUUGGGUAUUAACUCUGAAGAAAAUUUACUGUUUAAUCAAGACCCAGUCGUUCUGCAGUCAAUUUUAGAAUCAUGGGAUAACAACUUGGAUUUGAUAGUACCAAACGACAUGCAAAUUACGAAUAGUCAACAACAUGCCGAGAUGGCAAAAUCCAUCCGAGAUAUUUACACAAAUGGUGAACCCUUUGGCACACGUUUAGGAGAUGGCGUUCGAUAUUCCACCGACACUUCCUUCAGUAGACCAGUAACUAAGCACGCAGAACUAGCGUCCGCGUUCACUGAAAUUUAUUUCUACCAGUUUUCCUACGAUGGUUUACCUGGGCACAUUUCCAUCCACUAUGAUGGUGCUGAAAGUGUUGGCCAUGCUGAAGAAAUUCCAUAUAUUUUUUGUAGUAGUAUGCUUGGAUGCAACAUCAGCGAAUUCACAGAAAGUGAUACGGUUACAUCUCAACGACUCAUAAAGCUUUGGACAAAUUUUGCAAAAUAUCAAAAUCCGACUCCAGAUUUGUCAGAAUUGUUCCAGAAUAUUACUUGGUCUCAACUUUCAGUCGAAGGUGGUGAUUUUCUAUUCCUCGAUAUCAACGAGCAACUGGAAAUCAAAAACCAUCUCAAAGCAGAAGUCCUUCAGAAGUGGAACAAUCUAUAUGAAAGUUUAAAUUUUACAGAUUUUGAUACUUAUUAAUAACACAGUUUUAAAAUGAC